AAGCGCUGUAAUGAAAGUACGCAAUCAUGCUGGCCAAACAUUCCCGACCAAUGUUUCUGCGCAAGGCAACCUAGGAUCGACGCGCUUAGACAGUCGUAACAAUUUCAGACAGUUCGUGGCCCGUUUUCACACCAUUAUGGAUUCGUUAGCGAAUUACGCUAGCGACGGGGACAACAGUAACAAUUCCGAAGAUUCGAAGAUGCCGUAUGAAACGCACAAUGAUGCCAGCAAAAGGGCCAGCGACGCCAACUAUGAUCCGGUGCAAAUGGACAUGAGUGAGGAGAGCAACAACAACAAUUCGUCCAGGGAGUCUAGUAGCGAACGCGCGAAUAGCCCAGUGACGCAGACAAGGACAGAAUCGUCCCGUACAUUACCUUCCCCCUCAGACCAGAGGCGAUCUGAUCAUGAAAAUUAUACAGCGAACUCGAAAGAGGACCAGAAACGAGGAGAUAGAUCCGAGCGUAGUAAACACACGAGCGACAAAGGACGUCGGUCGUCGUACGACGACAGGAGGCAACGGGAGAGUAGUCACAGAGACAGAGAGACAAAAAGGAGCAGAGACGACGACAGAAAGUCUCGUGACGAUGACAAGAAGAAGGAAAAGAGUUCUUUGGGUUCCAGCAGGGAGGAGAAGACCGACGACAGAGAAAAGAGCCGCGACGACAGGAGGGAUCGGAAUCGCGACAGAAGCGACAGGGACAGAGACAGACGCAGAGACAGGGACAGAGAUCGAGAUCGUCGUCAUUCUAGGGACGAUAGGACCAAAGAUCGGCACAGGGACGAUCGAUCUACCUACCACAAAGAAAAGGAUCGUACACGGUCGAGGUCGAGAUCCAGAGAUCGUGCUCCGCCGCCUUUUAGAACGAUGAGCUACAGAGAAGAGAAGAGCAGAAAUAAACUGGCUCAAUUAGAGAAAUUAGGAAUCGAAUUGAAAGCGCCCGAAGGCGAUGCUCCCAUACCUGGUGUUCAGAGCGAACAGAAUUAUUAUAAUCCACUUGCAACGGCGUCGCAAGGAAAGUACGCGGAGCAAAUACAGAAGAGGAAACUUUUGUGGGCGAAUAAGUCAAAGCAAGACGAGUGCAAAACGUCCACGGCAGCCUCCACUGCUAACACGUGGGUAGGCACCACGUUCACUCACGAUCAGGAUGGAAAAGUAACGGCGAAAUUUAAACGAUUAAUGGGUAUAAAGGACGAUUUACCAGCCACUCCCGCGGCAGGCGCGAAGCCUGAUAUAUUAAAGAAACAAGAAGAAAUGUUUAACAAUAUGGAGCAGCAAUACGAAGUAGCACGCGCUACUACACACACGCAGCGUGGCGUUGGCCUCGGCUACGCCACCGGUGGUUACCAGUUUCCACGAUAAAAGUACAAUAAAAUUUUCCAAAUGUUAAGUUACGAUUAAACGCCAGCCACCGGCGCGACAUAUGUUUUGUUUGUUGGUUUUGCGGUCUCGUCAGGUCGAUUGCAAAACAGAGUUUCAUUUCAAAGUCGUUAUAUAUAGUGACUAUAUAGAUAUAGCUUACGAAACGAACGCCCGAAUGAUCUUGUUAGCGUUAUGUAAUUAUAUUGUAAACAUUGAAAAUAAAUUUGUUAAGAUUCCGAGGGGGACUCGGUGCUCUCGACUCGACUAUCAUCCCCGAUUAGUUUUUGGUCACGGGACAGUGAAAGAGAUAUGUGUUUCGCAGCGUCGUUUAUGUAAUUGUAUGUAUGCUGUAUGUACAAAGACUAGGUACAUCGAUUGAGAUGACAUUUCCUUUUUUUAAAUAAAUAUCAAAUGAUUCUUGCAA